GUACACUGGAGAUACUGAGUUUGUGUGGGUGUGACCUGACAGAGAAGAGCUGUAGAGUUCUGUCCUCAGUCCUCAGCUCAGAGUCCUCCAGUCUGAGAGAUCUGGACCUGAGUGUCAAUAACCUGCUGGAUUCAGGAGUGAAGCUGCUCUCUGCUGGACUGGAGAAUCCACACUGUACACUGGAGAUACUGAGGAUGAGUUACUGCAGUAUUACAGAUGAAGGUUUUGCAGUUCUUGCUUUCACUCUGAGGUCGAACUCCUCAUCACUUCUGAGAUAUCUGGAGCUGUACGGUAAUAAUGCAGGCGAAUCAGGAGUGAAGCUGCUCACUGAUCUACUGGAGGAUCCCCACUGUACACUGGAGACACUAGGCAUUGAGCAAUCUUUCCUCACUAAGACUGGUGUACGACAGGAGUCUCAGCUCAAGCAUUAGAUUCGCAGUUUGGGAGCUAACUCACUCAUAUUCAUAUGUAGAAGCUCCACAAUAAAGGAUGUGAUUAGUCACAAAAACCAUAAUGAUCACAUACUUUAUCCACUUAGCUACACAUUACUUUAGGCUUUACCAAGAUUUUUACACUCCAAAGUCAAAUCCUUCAGCAUCUAUACACAACACAAGACCUCAUCACCUUCUCACCAGGAUUAUACCCAUAUAGAUUCAUGUGCUACAGCAGUAUCUUUACCUCCUUAUUGUAAUUUUUUUCUUUAAAAUAAUUUUUAUGACACUGUUGGUAACUUUUUAUACACAUGACUAGGAUGAAGACCUGAAGCUGAGGAAUGUAGAAGCAGCGAAUAUGUUCUGAUAUUAGACUGUACUGAGUUCUCCAUCCCAAAGAGUCUCAUGAGGAACAGAAGUGCCAAAUAAAAUGUUACCUUCCUUCUUCCUAAUAAUUGUCAUGAUUUUUGGUGAUCAGCUAACAACAUGUUAGCACUUCACUAUUCUGUAACCUCACACCAGGUAACUACAGUAAACACGUGUAUGAGUAUGGGUAAGGUCAUGUGAAAAUGAAAAGAGCUGAACUUAAGCAUUUCCCUGCAUAUCGUACUGUGUAUGUUAUUUUCUAGUUCAAAUUCAAACAUAAAAUGUUUAAUAAUACCAAUCAAAUCAGACUUCAGAGUUCUGUAUCUGAGCUACAUACACUAAGUACACACACUGUACA